AUGGUGGCUAUGAAUGUGGUAAGUGCUACAAAGACAGUUUUUUAAAAUUUGAUAAUACAAUGGAACUAUUAUGUAACAAAAUCCAAAUAACCUAAACCAGACCCGCCACUAAAUCUAUUAAGUGUAACUCUACUCUUCCAGGUAGCAGACAGUGAAUCCGCGAUUCCGCGGCCGAAAACCGAGCCAAAACUUGGUAAAUUCAUCUAUUUAUUAGCGACAAUGGCCGUGAUUGGAGGGUUUUUGUUUGGGUACGAUACUGGAAUAGUAUCAGCAGCCAUGCUAUAUGUGCCAAAAAGUGAUGGACUAAGACCGAUGAAUAGCUUAUGGCAGGAAGUUAUUGUUUCCAUCACUCCUGGUAAGAUUUAUUAAGGUUUUUAUGAUUUUAAAUGGUUUGUCAGGAGUUGUGGUAUUAACUUAUCUUCCCUAAAUACACUAUCCUGCCCUACCCUACCCUAAAUUGUCCUGCUCUAUCUUAUCUAGCCUAUCCUGCCUCGCCCUACUUCCCACCCUUGUUCAUACUUUUAAAAUCUAGCCUAGCUACAAACAUCUUAACUUAUAUUGUUAUAGGUUGUGCGGGUAUCAGCGCCCUCUUCGCCGGUAAAGCUUCGGAUGCGUUUGGACGAAGGAGAAUGAUUGUUUUGUCUAGCAUAAUCUUUGUUAUUGGAGCCGGAAUCUGUGCUAUAGGAAUCGACAAAGUCAUUUUAUUAAUUGGACGAAUUUUGCUUGGAAUCGCUAUUGGUAAGAAUUUUUACAUUCUCUUUACCAAUACCUAAAACAAUGGGAAACCACGGUCGCAAAUUAUGCGUAAAACACAAAAAAGAUUAAAACAAUCACUUACCUAUAAAUUCUGAAUCUUUUGAACCUAAAACCAUGCCGAACUUUUCAAAUGUUACCCAAAAAUUGACCUAAAACAAUAUAAAGGUGCUCAGCUAUUGGACUAACCCUCAAAACAAAUUAAAGCGGCUCCAUUUCCUUGUAAUAACAUCCUUAUUACCUAAAAAAAAUAUUGUAAAGAAAACACUUACCAAUCUACUUUUGACAUUGUUUUAGCGUUGAUCCAACGAAAACUCUAAAAAUAUUGUCUAAAAACAAUCUAAAACAAUAUAAAACUGGAGAUUUUGAUAAAAGCUAGAAAAGUUGAGUUAUAUAAAAAUAUUUUGCAUAAAGUAGACAUCAUCUACCUUUAAAAUUGAAGAGCAAUUCAAAGAUAAUCGCGAUAUUAUCCAUGAAAAAAGGUUGCGAAAACGUUUCUCGCGAGAAUCUUGGCGAACUUGUGACGGAACGCCAAAAAAGGCCAAUUUACCGCGAUUUUUAUAACUUAUUUUUGAUACUUUGACAGGGGAUUAAAAUGGCAAGAACUUUCUUAACAAAACUAAAAAUAGCCAGAACUUUCUUUACAAAGCAAUAAACGACCAGAACUUUCUUUACAAAACACAAAAUGGCAAAAACUUUCUUUACAAAUCGAAAAAUAGGUAUAUUGUUUUAAGUACUCAAAAAAUAUCUAUAUUUUUUAGGCAUUGCGUCAAUGAUAGUGCCAAUCUACGUAGGCGAAGCCUCUCCAGCCCAUAUUCGAGGUCGUCUUCUCACCGGCUUCCAACUUAUGAUCACUUUCGGCCUAAUGGCAGCCAAUCUGAUCGCCGGAGGCUUCGCUUACAUUGAUCCAGAAAACGUUGGCUGGCGACUAAUGUUUGGAUUUGCGGCCGUUCCAGCUGUAAUCCAGUUUAUUGGCUUCUUAUAUCUUCCUGAAUCCCCACGAUGGCUUUGGGAGAAUCGUACUGAAGCCGAAACCCGCGAAGUACUCAACAAAAUCUAUAAUGGUGAUAGUACGUGGGUUGAGUACGAGUUGGAAGAGAUUCGUACUAGCAACGAGCAAGAGAAGAGAGCACGUGAGGAGCACGGUGAAGGAAGUGUGCUGGGUAGAAUUUGGAACACCCCUCAUGUACGAAAAGCACUGAUAAUCGGCUCAGCACUACAAGCCUUCCAACAGUUGUCUGGUGUGAAUACUAUCAUGUACUAUACGGGUACUAUCAUCAAAUCAGCGGGUGUUAGGGACAAUCACGACACCAUCUGGAUGAGUAAUGCCACUUCUGCUUUCAACUUCUUCUGCACUUUCAUUCCAAUGUACCUGGUGGAGAGACUGGGACGGAGAGUAUUGUUAUUGGUCAGUAUGAUUGGUGUUAUAGUGUCACUAUGUUUGUUAGGAGGGUCUUUCUUUAUGAUCAAUCACGAUUCGGCCAAGAAUAUACCGUUUAACGCUUCGUCGGAAGAGUUGGCUAUUCAUUGUGCUAAAUUAUCGUAAGUUUUGAGGAUUGAGACGGAAUGCCAAAAUCAGGGUGUUAUUUGGAAGGGCGUAUUUUACAAAAUAUGAUUUUAAAAAUGGCACUUCAGGUUUAAAAAUGAUUAUAUUUUAUAGAAAUUUAAUUUUCUUAGUUAUGUUUGGCGGUCUCAAGCUUAAAAAUUAAAAUUCAGGGUUUUCGUGGUGGGACCCAAUUCUAGAUAUGUUUACUACAUAUAGUAACAUUUAAACCUAUGCUACUGUUUACUUGUUAAUUAAACAGUAUUACUACAAGCGCUUUUUAAAUUAAAAAAAGAGAAUAAGGGUUUUCGUGGUGGGACCCGUUUCAAAUUCUAAAACUUUUAUUGUAAAAUACGUCCACCGCCAACCGCCUAUUCUAAUACAACUUUAAUUUCUAUUACAGAAACUGUGACUACUGUGUAACAGAUGAACGAUGUGGCUUCUGUGCUCCACGCUACGAUCAUGACGCUGGUGGCUACUGUUUACCAUUAGCUGAGGAUCAUGGUGACGAUCUGUCUACAGUUGGUAUUUGUUCUUCAGAUAGUGGUAGUCAUUUUCACAAUGGUACAGUUGAUGGUGAGACAGUCGAGUAUGAGUGGGCCGAUGUAUAUUGUUACACUUCUUGGACAUACUUCCCUAUCAUACUUAUGGUCAUUUACUUGUGUUGCUUUAGUACUGGUGAGUCGGAAUGAAGGUUUUUACAGGUUUAAAGGCAUUUCAAAUUAGUUACGGAAAAAAAUUUUAAAUUUUGAAAAUUUUCAAAAAAUUUUAAAUUCUGAAAUUUGAUACUAAAACAUACAGUAAUCCAUAUAAAUUUUAAAAAAUUUUAGGAUAUGCCCCUUUGCCCUGGGUACUGAACGCCGAGUUUUACCCAUUAUGGGCCAGAGGUCAAUGUGUAUCUAUCACGACGUGCGUCAACUGGGUGUUCAACCUUCUCAUCUCACUUACAUUCUUAUCACUUGGACAGGCUGUUACUAAAUUUGGUAAGUUUUUUCAACCUACCCUACCCUACCCUACCCUACCCUACCCUACCCUACCCUACCCUACCCUACCCUACCCUAACCUACCCUACCCUACUCUACUCUACCCUACCUUACCUUACUCUAUCUUAUCAUCUUCUACUCCACUCAAGUCAAGAAAAAACGAUUUUGCUUUUGCGUCUUGAACAGGUUUUUGGCGUUUCUCAAAUAGCGGAAAAAUAUUUUUUCUUCUGCUUUUCUUUUUCGAAAAUGCCUUUCGGGUUUAUUAUUAAUGUAGUUUCGAGGUUUUUUAAGGAUAAAGAAGAUAAAAAAAAUGCAACGAUUAAGCAUCCAUAUUAAAUAAAAAAGAAGGUAAAAUAAUUUUCUGAGGAAUAUCCCGCCAAAAAAUUAAUGAAAAAUUUCUGCAUGGAUAAUAUGAAACUGAUAUCUUUUGAUAACUCAAGUUCUACUCCAUAGAAUCAGACGAGUUUAUUAUCAAAUUAUUCCUUAUUUCCUUAUUAAUCCAACGGUUGCUGCCGCUAUAGCUGCUCAUGUGCUCGUUGCAAAGUUAUGACGUAUUUUAGAGUUUGGAAAAACGUAUUUUUAAUAUGUAUACCAAAUUUUUAUUAAGCGCUCAAACAAAAAGAGAAUUUUUAAAUUAGGGAACUGAAGUGUUGCCUUUUGGUGCUUUGCUUAGCCCUGCCCAGCAUUGUCUUGCUGUGCCAUGCCCUGUCCUGCCUUGUUUAGUUCUGCUCUGCCCUGUCCAGCUAUGUCUUUUUCUGCCGUGCCGUUCCCUAUCCCUGCCAAUCUCAUGUUUUUGAAGUUAAACUUGACUAAACUAUUAAUUUCAGGUGUAUUCUUCCUAUACGCUGCCAUAACCAUGAUUGGGUUGAUCAUCUUCUACUUUGUUGUGCCGGAAACCAAGGGUUGUUCUUUGGAUGAGGUGGAAAUGUUGUUUAUGACAAAAGAAGUUAGAGAGAGGAAGCGGGAAGAGAUAAGGAGGCGACAGUUGUCACAUCAUGACAUUGGGCUGACUAAGGAGCAGUUUUAA